AGUGCCGCUAGCCAGGACACACCGUUAUUUUGUGCAGUGAAAACAAUUGCCAGUGUGUGCAAUUGCAAUGGGCGCAUUCGAUGCCUAGAUCACAACUCAUCGCGCCGCCCUCGCUCCAAAAAUCCAAUUCAAACAUCAUCCCCUUUCGCGUGGACCGAGGUUCGCUCGUAACGCAAACGAAAACGCAAACGAAACCGAAACCGAAACCGAAAACGACGAAAAACGCGAUGCGAAUUAAAGCUUUGCGUGGCAAAAUGUGCUAACCGAAGCAACAAAACAAACCAACCAUUCAAAAAACAAAAAAAAAAAAAGAAUAAGAAAAUGUACAUACAUAUUACGUAUACACAUGUAUAAGCAGCACGUGAAGAAAGAAAAAAUCCAGAAUAGCUGAGGAAAAUUGCGUAGAAAAGUAAUAAUAGAAAAACAGCCAGGGAAAUGCGAAUUUCGUUGGCCGAAAAAUAAAAACGAUUAUCAUCCAAACGAGUGUGCCAGUGUGCCACAGUGCCAGUGUGUGUGUCUGUGUGUGCGAGUGAGAGCGGGCGCGUGUGUGUGCGGGGCUAGCCCUAUAAAUAACAUUGGGUCUGGCCGAGCGCUAAUUACGGCGAAACAUGAAAAUCUUCGCGAAAAGCGCAGCAACAACAAGUGAAGCCAAGGCGGCAAUUAAUCAAUUUUCCGCUUGACCCAUAAGGAAGUUUCCAUAUCAUAAUUAAAAGAGGGCCCGCAAAAACGAAGGAUACAAUCGCACGAAAGUAAGAGCAAAAGGUCAACCCAACGACCACCACAUAUCCUUGAGCUACGAAAAAGCAAUGCAAAAUAUAUAUAAAUUCAAACGAGAACAAAAAAGUUUCCAUAUCAACAACGGACACAUCAACCAACUUAAAUCAGAAACUAAUUUAGAGAAAAUAUCAUAAACAAACUAAAAGACUUACAAACAGAAAAUGGUAAAUUCAUCGCAUCAUAACUGAAACAAACACUGGGCUUUGGCCUAGAACGCUCAACUAGAAGACUUAAGAAACAGCCAGGAAAAUGCAUAUCAGCGAAGUGGUUUUCCUGGUCCUCACCCUGCUGCCUGGCAUGAUCCUGAGCAGUCGCUACAAUCAGCUGCAUCUGUACGCCAAUGGAGGAGCAUCGUCAUCAUCGGGUCCUGGGGGCUACAGGCCCUCGCCCUCGUCGCAGAACGAGGUGUACUCCAUAGCGGACAGCCAGCCGAUGACCGAGGACGGCUACAUGCCCCCCAGCCAGCACUUUCCGCCCACCCACUCCGACCUGGACCCCCCCGCCCAGCAGCAGAGCACCUGCCAGACGGUGUGCGCCUGCAAGUGGAAGGGCGGCAAGCAGACGGUCGAGUGCAUCGAUCGCCACCUCAUCCAGAUACCCGAGCACAUCGAUCCCAACACCCAGGUGCUGGACAUGUCCGGCAACAAGCUGCAGACCCUCUCCAACGAGCAGUUCAUCCGCGCCAAUCUGCUGAACCUGCAGAAGCUCUAUCUGCGCAACUGCAAGAUCGGCGAGAUCGAGCGCGAGACCUUCAAGGGACUGACCAAUCUGGUGGAGCUGGAUCUGUCGCAUAAUCUGCUGGUCACCGUGCCCAGCUUGGCCCUGGGCCACAUACCCUCGCUGCGCGAACUCACCCUGGCCUCCAAUCACAUACACAAAAUCGAGAGCCAGGCCUUUGGGAACACACCAUCGCUGCACAAAUUGGACCUGUCGCAUUGCGAUAUUCAGACCAUUUCCGCCCAGGCAUUCGGUGGCCUCCAAGGACUCACGUUGCUCCGAUUGAAUGGCAACAAAUUGAGUGAGCUCCUGCCCAAGACGAUUGAGACCCUGAGUCGCCUUCAUGGCAUCGAACUGCACGACAAUCCCUGGCUCUGCGAUUGCCGAUUGAGGGACACGAAACUCUGGCUGAUGCAAAGGAAUAUUCCCUAUCCAGUGGCUCCGGUUUGCUCGGGCGGACCCGAAAGGAUUAUCGAUCGCAGCUUUGCGGAUCUGCAUGUGGAUGAGUUCGCCUGCCGCCCGGAGAUGUUGCCCAUAUCGCAUUACGUGGAGGCGGCCAUGGGCGAGAAUGCCUCGAUCACUUGUCGGGCCAGAGCGGUUCCGGCUGCGAAUAUCAACUGGUACUGGAACGGACGACUGCUGGCCAACAAUUCCGCCUUCACCGCCUACCAGAGGAUACACAUGCUGGAGCAGGUGGAGGGUGGAUUCGAGAAGCGGUCCAAGCUGGUGCUGACCAACGCCCAGGAGACGGACACCAGUGAGUUCUACUGCGUGGCCGAGAACCGAGCUGGGAUGGCCGAGGCCAACUUCACCCUACACGUGAGCAUGCGAGCAGCGGGCAUGGCAUCCCUGGGCAGUGGCCAAAUCGUGGGUCUGAGUGCCGCCCUGGUGGCUCUGAUUGUAUUCGCCCUUGGGGUUAUUAUGUGCCUGCUCCUUAGGGUCAAACGGCAGCCGUAUGUCGAUAGCAAGACGCCCAAUCACAUGGAGGUAAUAACCUCGGUUAACCACCAGAACUCCAUCACAAACAAGACCCAGCCCCCAACGGGAAAUGGCAGCAUUGGCGGGGUGGUCAUCGCCAAUGGAGCUGUGGCCAACAUCAUCGAUGGCGGAGUGGUGCAGGGAGGAACUCUGGAGCGGAAGAGCAGCGGACGGGGAGGCGUAGUCCACGGAGGACACGACCAGCGCAGUGCGAAUCCCGUACAGAAACCGCCGAGGCUGACAGAUCUUCCGUACUCCACGCAGGGCUAUGACAACAACGGAAGUGUCCUGUCCACUGCCUCCUGCUUCAUCUCGCCCAGUGGAUCUGCCGGCAAUGGGGGCAACAAUCCCGAUCUCAUCAAUGACACCAAACGUUUCGGGAGCGACGAGUUCGCGGAUCUGAAGAUACCGCCCAUCAGUGGUGUUGGAGUGGGCGGCAGUGGGGAGUAUAGUCGCGCCAACGGCUGCGACUCCCUGUAUCCUUCGGGUCUGUGGGAACACGGUGCUCCAGUGGGCGCCACAUCCGCGGAUGACCUCUUCAUGAAGCGCUACACCGACAAGACGCCCAUCAUAGACUCCACUCAGCUGUAUGACCUCCAUGAGCGCACGGCGGCCACGGACUAUUUCAGCAAGACCUUUCCCAGAUCUCAUCUCCAGCAGGGCAUGAUGACGGGUGGCGGCGGCGGAACCUCCACGGCGUCGACGGUGACCACCAAUUUGUCGGGCGGCUCCUCAUCGGGUUACCCCAACGAUUAUGGUCUGCCUCUGGUGCCGGGCGCAGAGCACCAGCACAACCAUCAGCUGCAGAUGCAUCCACUGCAGCAGCUCCAGCAGCAGCUGACCUCCACGCUGAACCACCAGAAGCAGGAGGGCAGCUCCACCGGGAGCAGUCCGCACUUCAGCAGCCGCACACUGCCACGCCUGCACGACGGGAGUGGCGGGGGCGGCAGUUCCCGGUCGUCGCCCACGCCCACGCCAGCGGUUAGCGGUGGCCAUGCCAGCCAGGCGGCAAACCCCAGCACCUCCAGUUCCUCCUGCUCCAUCCUGCCCAACGGACAGCCAAUCAACGCCAAGACGAUACGGGUGUGGCAGAAGGGCGGCGUGCCCGUCCUGCCGCCCGUGACGGCGCUGAAAAGGGCCCUGAUCAGCAGCAGCCGGAAUUCGCCGGACGAGGGAUACCAGGAAGGAUGCGGCACGGAUGUGUAAGCGAAGCGCUUCUCGGGGAAGGAGAACGGCGCGGAAACCAAACCAAGAACUGACUAAACUUAACACAACUAAAACUAAACAAAACAAAAGAAAGCAAAUAAGAUGUAGCGACGACGGUUGGGAGGUAGCUCUUUUUAGGGAUAACACUGAUAGAUAGCUCCGGGGUCCUAGGCGAGCAGCGAUUAUUGUGCAAGCGAACUGUUUGUGAUAGUGUCUGACAAAAAGAUAAUGCGAAUGAAGAUAAUAAUUGCCCAAAGCAAAGAGAAAGCUAAAACGAAAUCAACUGCACUACACUAAAGUAUACUCUCCUUGGCAAGUAACUCAACUAACUAAACUAAAGCUAAACUAAACUAAACUAAACUAAUUGUAAACGUAAAUUAAAGUAAAAUUAAAAUAGGAUAUGUACAGCAUUCUUUCUUUGAAUUUGAAACAUGACAAACUCUCAACUCCCCGCAUAACGUAAAAAAUAACCCAAAAAUAUAUGGAAAACCGAAAAGCGAAAACCAACCAUGUGAAUGUAACUAAAUCUAUAAAUAUGAAUAUAUACACAUAUAUGAAUAUGUAUGUGACUAUGUGUGUGCAUGUGUGUGUGUAAUUUCUUCGUUGUUCGGUUAGAAAAAGUAAAGGAAAAAGGAACCCAAAACCAAUAAGCCCUUCCUCCAAGAGUUAAUAUCAUAAAUCAGACACGAAGAAUCCCAACUUGUGGCUCAACAUUUGUAAAAUAUACGUUCACAUGAGUGGUAUGCAUACGCAUGGUAAAACUGCCGAAGAAGUUAUAUAAAUCUUGGUAACUGUAUAUAUUAGAUAACCCAUAGACAAAGAAACCCCAUUCUUGAUCCGACUAUUGUUGCAACCAUUCUAUGUCCCGAUAGAUGCUGUGAAAUAAUGUUUAACUUAGGCAGACUGUAAGUCUCACCAAAGGGGUAGCAGUGAAGAAGUUUAUUUUGUAUCCCUUGUUUUCUAACAAAUAGUAUAUUUGUAUAAGGAAUAAUUGAAAAUGUCGUCUACUGUUUAUUUAACAAUUCCACCACACUGCCACUUUCAUUGCCAGUAUCAAAAUGAUUUUGUCACCCCUUGUAAUUUGCAUUUAUAUCCAAGCAUUUAUUCAAAUUAUUUCUUUUUGGAAAAUGAAUAUUGUCCCAAUGCCACAAUGGCAAUUGCAAAAUUUUAUCGUAACCAAAUGAAGUCGAUUUACUCAAAACGUUAUUUACUGUAUACUAUUUACCCCCAAACGUUAUUUACUGCUACCAAAAAUUGAAAAAAGAAAAUGUUGAAAAAAGAAUACCACAUGCUUUUAAAUUCCCCAAUAAAUCUAUCAGAAAGCAAGCUCGGUGGAAGGAAAUUUAAGAAAAUAAAAACUGUGGGCAGUCAAAAAGCAAACAUGAAAACCAAUCGGAGAAAAUUCAAAUUGAAGACAGAGAAAAUAUUCGUCGAAUGCAUACGUAAUAUAACAUAUGUAAAUUGUACUCAAAGUGCACCACACACACACAUCCAUACACACUAACACAUCCAAACACAUCACAGGCAACACAAACACAUAGCCAGAUACGUGUACAUGUAGAUGUAUGUCAGUUUGUCUUUGUAACGAUUUAAAGCGUAUCCACAAGAUAUUAAUUGCCCGUAUCUGCUAAGACUUAGAAUUUAAGCAGACAACAAAACCAGAUGGAAACACAAACAGAAUAAUAUUUUUAAGGUAAACCAAAGACUUUUUUCUUUGCAUCUAAAUGAGCGCAGGAGUCUUCAAAGGACUCGCAACAACAAACAGUAGGCUCACACACCCAUACACACACACACAGAUACAGAACACACACACAGCCGAAAGUAAUCUUAACAGAGGAAAAAAGAGCAAGAAAAAACCGUAGCAUUUAAGUUGAACUUAUGUAUUAUGUAUUGUAUAAUAUAAACCUACGUAUAGUAUAUAGUCUAUAGAUGUGUACACUUAUCAACAGAGCGGCAUAGCUAACAAGCGAGGGGAAGGGAGGGAGGAGAGAGAAAGUGGGAGAAAGUCGAGAGCGGGAGGGAGAGAGGGAGAGAGAAGAUAGCCCGCAGACAAAAGGCGGGCAUUGAAUGCAUG